AUGGCAGUUUUUCAAGUUGUGAACCACCCACUCCUUUUCUUCCUGGGAAGUGUUCUACUGUACUUGAUCACACAUAUCGCCUAUCAACGUUUCUUCCAUCCUCUUGCCAAAUACCCAGGGCCUUUCCUCGCCUCUCUCACCGACCUAUGGCAGGUCUAUCAGUACAUCACUCUGAAGCAGCCUUAUAAUCUCACAAAGCUACACGAGAAAUACGGCUCCAUCGUCAGAUAUGGACCGGAUAAGCUCAGCAUUACCGACGAGGAUUCAAUCAAGUCAAUAUAUCAAUCCGGUGCCCGAUAUAUGCCAAAAACCGAGUUCUAUGAUGCGUACGGAGCAGCUCAUCCCAAUGUCUUCGGUAUGCGUGAUGAAGCGGUUCAUUCCAUCCGGCGCCGCCACAUGUCCCACAGUUUUUCAAUCAGUUAUGUGAAAGAAAUGGAGGAGUAUUUGGACGCCAAUAUCAAGAUUCUCCGUCAGAGAAUAUCCUCAUACGCUUACAGUCAACAGGAGUUUGAUCUCAAAAAGGCUUUGCACUUUUAUGUUAUCGAUACUUUAGGCGAGCUAGCAUUCAGUCAGACAUUUGAUGUCCAGAUUUCCGACGAUGAGACACGCGUCCCACCAGUCGUUGAGCAUAGUUUGUUGGCUGCAGUGACAGGCGCUUGGCCAAUGAUGACGGCACGUUUGAAGAGAUGGCUUCCACUCAUCCCCCAUAGUGGCCUGCAAGCACUAUUUCAAGGUCGCAAAGCAUGUGCUGAUCUUGCGUCACGAUGCGUGGACAUUCGACUGAAUGCCAUUAGAUCAAAAGAUGGAUCAAGCGAUUCGUCAUCUGAAAGGAAGGAUAUUCUUACUAAUUUAAUUCUGGCGAAGCAUCCUGAUACGGGCGAAAGCCUAAGUCAGACAGAUCUUGAAACUGAAGCGUUCGGAUUCAUUAUUGCAGGUACUCAUACGACCAGUGCCACCACCACAUUACUAUUUUACCACCUUCUGCAUCAUCCGGAUCUGAUGGCGAAAUGCGUUGCAGAGAUCGACGCUAAUCUGCCUGUUUUACAAUCCCAUGAGAGCGCAUAUUCUGUCACUGUUGCCGAACAGUCACUACCAUAUCUUCGAAACUGCAUGAAAGAAAACUUCCGUAUCACUCCCGUGUUUACAAUGCCUCUCGCGAGACGUGUGAUGGCACCGGGAGGUACAACUAUUGCUGGACAUCAUAUCCCAUUUAAGCCGAUGAUUGACUCUUUGCAGACCUCGAUAGCUGUUUGUAACCAUGCCUUUCACCACAAUCCUGAAGUCUGGGGAUUAGACCACAACGUAUUUGAUCCAUCACGAUGGAAUACUCCUGAGUUUGCAACUAAAUCCAGACUGUUGAUGCACUUUGGAAUGGGCGGGCGCCAAUGUAUAGGCAAGACGGUAGCCAUGACCAACAUCUACAAACUGAUGAGUACUUUGCUCAGCGAAUUCCAAUUCGAGCUGGCUGAUGAUAUAGAGGCCAAAAAGGCCUUGGAAAAUGAAUUUCGUGGGGAAAUUCCCGAGUUGAUAAGUGUCGGAAUCAGUGAUUUGGCUGCUCCCUUGAUGGUCCAGGCUCGGCGACGUGAUAGAACUACGUGA